AUGGCGUCCUAGCUGAGUGAAAAAAGCAACGAUUUUUGAAGCAAGAUUUUUUAUAUCGAAAUGAACCGAAAAGAUCUUUAUAAGCAAGGAGUUCACAGUAUUGGUAAUCAAAGAACACGGAGGAGAGAACAAGAGGCUGAUCUCCGCAAAGAAAGACGUGAAAGACUGUUAACUUCUAAACGGAUUCGCUUCGCCGAGGAAGUUGAAGCCGAGGAAAACGCAGAAGAGUUCACAGUUGAACAAGUUCGCGAGUUUGCAAAAGCAAUACACAAACACGACCAGAACACGUUACAUUGUUUGCGCAGCUUACGGAAAGCGUUCGCUCAAGGAAGCGCACUGAUCAGCGCGUUUUUAGGCGUUGAAAAUGGGCUUCGAGCUGUCGUUACACAUUUGACUGGCCACAACAUAGACCUUCAGCUAGAGUCUGCAUGGUGUAUCACUAAUAUGGCCGCAGGAACUCAUGAAGACACACUGACCGUUCUCAAAGCUACUGCUCCUUAUCUUAUUACUUAUCUGAGUGGACAAAAUGUUCAACUUCAAGACCAGUGUGCAUGGGCUUUGGGUAACAUGUCUGGAGAUUCUGUGGAGUGCAGGGAUCUGUUACGAUCCCAAGGUAUUAUAGGACCCAUGGUAAACCUAUUAAAGUCUGGCUUGCCGUCUGCUGUUCAAUCAGCUGCAUUUGCAUUGUCAAACCUUGCAAGAGGUCAAAAUAAUGCAUCAGAAGAGAUAAUGAAUGCUGGUGUGGCUCCACUUCUUGUCAACCACUUGGUGCCUGGAAAAAGCUCUGUUGAUCUUGUGGCUGAGGUGGCAUGGGUUCUGACAUACUUGACGUCAAAACCAGAUAACCUGGCUCAGUUUGUUCCCUUGGGCAUUAYUGAUUAUCUGGUUAAGUUGUUGUUUAAUGUUGUUCAAGAAAACCCAGAAAACAAUCAAGUUAUUACACCUUUACUGAGAUGCUUAGGAAAUAUAGCAAGUGGCCCAGAUGAGUAUGGCAGUAUGAUAAUACAAGAUGGAACCUUCCUUCCUACCCUCGUAAAAUGUUUCCAAUCCAGUCAUCGGCAUGUCAGGAAAGAAAGCUUAUGGGUUAUGUCUAACCUGACGGCUGGUCCAGCUGAACAUGCUGGGGCUAUAAUAUCAUCCCCUGGUGUUAUACAAGUCAUUGUACACAUGUUAACUUCAGAGACUUAUGAUAUCAAGAGAGAGGCAGCAUUAACAUUAUGCAAUGUGGCAUAUCACAGCUCAGAGUAUCUCAAGGUGAUCCUCAGCUGUGGAGGCAUGGCUGGCAUUGUAAACAUCCUGAAAUCACAUGAUCAAGAUGCUGUUCUCACAGGACUUCAGUUUGCUGAAAUGGCACUAAGAAUAUUCCCUGAAUCAAAGGAGAGUUUUGAAGAGGCAGAAGGUGUGGCAUGCCUUGAGGGACUUGAAUAUAACUCAAAUCAGACACUCAGGCAAUAUGCCAAUGAACUUUUAGACACUUAUUUUAUGGAAGAAGAGGAACAAGGUGAAGAAGAUAUUGACAGUGAAUUUAACAGUAAUCUGGAUACCAUGACUCCACAAGAAAUCAAUAUGACUGGUUCUAAUGAUGACACCUCUUGAAAUUGUUGAUUACAGUAGGCGAUCUUUUUUCAUUUUUGCAACAUCUACUGCUUCUAGACAGUUGGGUAUUUGGCAUCUGUCAAUCAAAUAUGCUCGCUGUUGAACUGUUUUAUGUUUAGCUUAGGAAGUGAUAUAUAUUAGGGGUCAUAUAAUURUUAUCAAUUAUAUUACAAGUUCUAAUAAACGAGCUUGAACACAGCAUUUUCCCAUUCAAGAUUACGAGUCACCCAUUUAGGACUGAGCAUCUUUGUUUKCCAUUACAUACACUUCAGUGUGGACACUCAAACUGGUACCAUUUUAACAAGGCUAACCAAUCACUAUCUAGAGUAAAAACUGGAGCCAAUCAGGAGAGAGCAGAAUUAGUAGCUUAGUCUAGGACUUCAUCUUCCAAAAGUUAGAGUAAAAUUAUUUAAAGUGAGCUCAAGUGUGGACCUAGAGGAACAUUGUGUUGAUAGCCACUCAUCUUUAAAGAGAAAAGCUGUUUUAUUAAAUAGAAAGAAAAAAUCA